AUCCGCCAUAUUUGCUCCCGCCCUGCUGCUGCGUUGCGACAGAGACGGAGAAGUCAAACGACAUGAAUGCAGAAAAUAAUCAUACGGCAGAAACAGAGAAGGAGCAAACGACGAACGGCACCGACACCAUCACCAUUCAGACUACACUGGGAGAUGAAGAUGAUGAUGUCCACAAGUGCGGGCGGUGUCAGUGCGAGUUCUCCAGCCUGGAGGCUUUCAUCCAGCACAAGUUGCAGCAGAGCUGUAAACGCCCGGAGACCGGACAGGCUUCCCAGGAGGCCAACCAGCAGGUCUCUUCAAGUACUGGAAGCUCAGCAUCCAAGGUGAAAACUGAAGGCAUAUCUACAGUUAAACCAGCAACAACCACCGAUGAUGAAAGAAAUGGUCCAAUGGGUCGAGGUCAUAGGAAGAAAAUCGCUUCUAUUAAAGUCACCGACCAGUCUGAUAAAAGCGCAAUGUUUGUAUCUGAAAACGCUGAUGGUGACCAGCAGACUUUCAAAGUAAAUCAGGAGGGACGCUACAUUUGUCACCUUUGUGAAAAGACAUUUAAAACUACAAACAUCUUGAGGACUCACAUGAAAACUCACAGUGACCAGAAGAACUUCUCCUGUGGCCUGUGUGGGACUUCAUUUCGCACCAAAGGCUCGUUGAUACGUCACAACCGUCGGCACACUGAUGAGCGGCCGUAUCGGUGUACCCUGUGUGGGCAGUCUUUCAGAGAGUCGGGGGCUCUCACCAGACAUCUGAAAUCCCUGACUCCCUGCACAGAGAAGAUCAGGUUUGUCCAGUACAAGGAAAUCCUGGUCAGCAAAGAUGGCGUGCAGAAAGGAGUUGAAACUGACCAAGGCCAGGUAGUGGCCCAACAGGAAGUGGUAGUUGUGGAGCAGCAAGCUGAGGAGCAGGAGGUGGUGGAGGCUCAGACUGCUGUCGUCAGUGUGGUGGAGUCUGGCUCCCAGGAGGUCCUCCGUCAGGUUCACUUCACAAUGGAGGUGGACGGGACAACACAGGAGCAGCAGGUGGUGGUCGACCAGUCUCAGGCGGACGCACUGGCUGCUGCCGCCGCCGCCGGCGACAGCCUCAUCUGUCAGGCCAUCAUCAACUCUGGCAUCGCCCUGGACACCGAGGAGACGGUGGUGGAGGAAUCAUCACCAACGACGCAGGAGCUGGACAAAGACAUUCCAGACGCUAGUGAUGUUGAUCAGAGUGUGAUUGAGAUCCAGGUUAAAGAAGAGUGUGAAGAGACGGAGGAGGAAACGACUGAAGAUCGAUCCCCCUGUAAGCUCUACAAUUGUCCACACUGCAGUCGGUCGUUCAAAGGCGUAAAUUAUUUCCGUUUUCAUGUCAAAGGUCAUUUAGGUUAUAAACCGUUUAAGUGCACACUAUGUCAAAAGGAGUUUCUCACUGGCUACCUGUUAAAGAAGCACAUGGAGGUCCACGUCAGCGAGAGGCGGUAUAAAUGCGGCGAGUGCGGCAAGCUGUAUAAAACCAUCGGACACGUACGCGAACACAUGAGAGCCCACUCGGAUGAGAGGCCCUACCACUGUCACAGAUGCAACAAGGGAUACAAGACCAAGAACGCCUUACAAGUUCACCAACGGACUCACGGCGAUGAGAAACCUUACGUGUGCGAGUUCUGCUUCAGAGGCUUCAGAGAGAAAGGCUCUCUGGUGCGACACAUCCGCCACCACACAGGAGAGAGGCCUUUCAAGUGCCCGAAGUGUGGGCGGGGCUUCGCCGAGCACGGGACGCUCAACCGGCACAUGCGCGCCAAAGGAGGCUGCAAUAAGGAGAACUCCAACGAGCAGCAGGGCGUUGUGGCGGAGGAGCAGGCGUCUGCGGACAUCCUCAGCGCAGCAGAAGUCAUCACAGAAGAUCCUCACGCCGUACUGGUGGAGUUCUCCUCAGUGGUGGCGGACACGCAGGAGUAUAUUAUAAAGACUCAAACUGAAGAGGAAAUGCAACAAGAAGUUACACUCAUUCAGGACAGCCAAAACGAGAUGGGAAACCAGAUCAUGAAAGUGGUGCAACAGAUCGUCAGCCAGUCCCAUGGCGCCGCCAGCCACCAGAUCAUCGUGCGAAACGUCGGGGCGGACGAGGAAAGCGCCUCCAUCUCCGACUGCGGGGACACCAUCACCAUCGCCACGCCGGAGAGCCUGACGGAGCAGGUGGCCAUGACGCUUGCCUCCGCCAUCAGCGACGGGACGCUGCUGGCCACGACAGGCACCGCUGAGGACGUCGGGGGGACUGUUACCAUGGUUACCACAGAGGAAGCAGUGGAGGGAAUAGAGAUGGUGCAGCAGCAAGAGGAGUAUGUCAUCACCUCCCCAGAGGAGGUGGAAAUUCAGACUGUAGUUGUAUGAUCACAGAGAAUUUUACCGAUGAACUCGUCUGACUUUAUAGUCCGUUUGUGUGCGGAUGAGUCAAAUAUGAAGUUAAGGCCAAAGUUUUUAUAAAAACUCUUAGUGACGGAAAUAAUAAAAUACAUUUUGGAAGAAGAAGCAAAUGUUAACAAGGAAUAGGUUUACCCUACUAUUAGUGUUUUUAACUGCCUCAGUAAUAUAAAUGCAUCCAAUGUGACUUAUUUGUGAUCCAUUAAACAGUUUAAUACAUCUAAUGCUAAAUUCAUUUGAAUGUCAGGCCAGAACAUAUCCAAAUUCAUCUUUUCCCCCCUACAUUCCACAGGGUUCCUACACUCUUCAUUAGACAAGAGGGAAAAAAUAGAAAAAUUAGAAUCCUUAGGCUAAAUUUGUGUUUUAUUUCAGAAUCUAAAUAUUGCAAAUCAGAAUUUCUAAAAAAGAAAAUUCUGUUCUUUGUUUAGUUUGUUACAUCCAAACGUUAGUAUUUAUCAAACUUGGUAGUGUCCAAAGUGAGUUCUGAAUACCUGGCGUCCCUCAUGUUUUAGAUUUUUUCCUGAUUAAACACACCUGGAUCAGAUGAAUAGUUGAUUGACAGGCUUCUGUCUAGUAAGGUGACAUGAAGGAAGAAAGGAAACAUCCAAGACCUGCAAGAGUCUACCUCGAGAACUGGAACCGGAUAUUCCUGAACUCAUUUUGAAUUUUGAGCUGAGUUGAGUCACUCACUGAAAUUUUCAAUAAUCUAACAGCAUAAUUCAGUUAAAUCUGAGGGAGAGAAAUUUUGAAAUGCACGUUUUCUAAAAUGAGUGACUUCUGAAAGUGAUGGGUUGCACUCCACUUUUUUUAGGGGUACCUGAAUGAAGUACAUCACACUUUUCAGGUGCUUGUUUGUCUAAAAUAAGAGAUGCAAGAAAUCAAUGGGUGUAUUUAAUUUCUACUUCAAAAUUAUGUGUUACUUGUGUUGCUCAAUCACAUAAAAUCCCAGCGAAGUUGGUUUCCACGCAUCUUUAGCAAGAUGCUAUAAUCCUUUCAGCUUUUCAAACAAUUGCUAAAUUGUUGUUUAGACAUUCAGAUAAAUAACCUCAAAAGCAAAGAUUUUUUUUUUUAAACGAAUGUGCAACAUGUUUUGAAAUCCUCCGAGUGCCGAGGAUGAGGUUUUGUAAUGGAAGCCUUGCAUAUUAUAAUUGCAUGGGACAUUUUCCCAGUUCCCUGCCUCAACCGCAGUCACGUCUUUGAACUUUUUAUCUCGGAUUUGAAGUGCGUUGCCCUUUAAAGGCUGACAUGUUGGUCCAAGGCCGUCAAUGAUACAGUGUUCCCGUUUGCAGAGGUAUUGUGUCCUUUUGCAUAUCACACAGCUGCUUAAAUGUAUAAUGUGUUAGCCCAAGCACAUUGCAUUUGAAAUAAAUGCUAUUUUCUUACA